AUGAGGCUCUCGGCGGUUUGUUGCCUUCAGAUACUAUCAGCGACAGCAUUUGCCCACGUUGCCACCCGUCCCAACGGCAUCCGAUCCGAGUCCGAUCCCCAAUUGCCCCUCAUGCCUGCGCUACCGCCCUCGAAGCCCUCCGAUCCUCAGCAGUCGCAGCCGCCGCCGCAAGGACGAGUCCUGAUAUCAGACGUGAUGGGCCGCGAUCGCAGCAUCAACAUAUUCGCCAGCUUCACACGGGAUAUAGCUUCGAUAUCGAGCCGUCUCGACUCCUCCUUGGAGAACAGCACCGUUCUCGCCCCGCUCAACUCCGCCGUCGAGAGGCUGCCGCGCAAGCCGUGGGAGGACCCCAGGGAAUACGACGCGUUCGGCGCUAAUGCGUACGAAGGGGGUGAUGGCAAAGACAGGGCACAGCGGAACCUGCGGAGAUUUGUCGAGGCGCAUGUGGUCCCGGCCAGCCCGUGGGCCGAGAAGGAGAAGGUCAAGUCAUUACUGGAUGGGGACCGGGAGAUCUGGUGGGAGAUGAAGGACGGCGUCAAAGUGAUAAAACCCGACGAUAUCGAGGUCCAGAGUAUCGCUAGCCGAGUUGGCAAUGGUGAGGUGUGGAUAUUGAAGGAAACCCGGAACUACGCAUAG